AUGGUGCUCGACUCGACCGAGUCUGUGGCCUUGGUCGCGGUGCCCUUCCCCGCGCAGGGCCACCUCAACCAGCUCAUGCACCUCUCCCUGCUGGUCGCGUCGCGGGGACUCUCUGUGCACUACGCCGCGCCAGCGGCGCACGUCCGGCAGGCGCAAUCGCGCGUGCACGGCUGGGACCCCGGCGCUCUCGCCUCCAUCCAGUUCCACGACCUCGACGUCUCCACCUACGAGUCCCCGGGCCCCGACCCGACCGCCGCGUCCCCCUUCCCCAGCCACCUUAUGCCCAUGUGGGAGGCCUUCACCGCCGCCGCGCGCGCCCCUCUCGCCGUCCUUCUCGAGCGCCUGUCAGCUACCUACCGUCGCGUUGUCGUCGUCUACGACAACCUGAACGCCUUCGCCGCCGUCGAGGCGUCGCGGCUGAGCAACGGCGAGGCCUUCGGGCUGCAGUGCGUGGCCAUCUCGUACAGCAUGGCGUGGCUGGACAAGGAGCAUAGGCUCCUGCGCGACCACGACCUCCAGUUCCUCCCCAUCGACGCGUGCACGACCAAGGAGUUCUUGGAGUUCGUCUUCCGGGCAGCGGGGGAGAUGCAGGACAGGGGAAGCGUGCCCUCGUCCGGCCUGGUCAUGAACACCUGCCGCGCGCUUGAGGGCGAAUUCAUCGAUGUCAUCGCCGAGCACCCGCAGUUCAAGGAGAGGAAGCUCUUCGCCGUCGGGCCGCUGAACCCGCUUCUGGACGCGAGAGCCCGGUUGCCGGGGAAGACGCUGCACGAGUGCAUGGACUGGCUCGACAAGCAGCCAGAGGAAUCGGUGCUCUACGUGUCCUUCGGGACGACGACGUCAUUCCGGGUUGAGCAGAUUGCGGAGAUGGCCGCGGCGAUCAAGGGCAGCAAACAGAGGUUCAUCUGGGUACUGCGCGACGCCGACCGGGCCGACAUAUUCGCAGAGUCGGGCGGCGAGAGUCCCUACGAGAAGCUGCUGUCCGAGUUCACUAGAGAAACCAAGGGGACGGGGCUGGUGAUCACCGGUUGGGCGCCGCAGCUAGAGAUCCUGGCGCACGGUGCCACGGCGGCGUUCAUGAGCCACUGCGGCUGGAACUCCACCAUGGAAAGCUUAAGCCACGGCAAGCCGAUCCUCGCCUGGCCAAUGCACUCCGAUCAGCCGUGGGACGCGGAGUUUCUCUGCAAGUACCUCAAGGUCAGCCUCCUAGUGCGACCAUGGGAGAAGCACAGUGAGGUGGUACCGGCGGCGGCCAUCCAGGGCGUGAUCGAAGAGGCGAUGGUCUCAGACAAAGGGAUGGCAAUGCGGCAGCGGGCGAAGGUUCUUGGCGAGGCUAUUCGUGCCUCCGUAGCAGAUGGCGGCUCCUCCAGCAAAGCCCUUAAUGACUUCGUUGCUUACUUCACGAGGUGAUUGUGUACGGCAAGUGACUCGAUAGUGGAUUAGUGGGUGGUGCCCUCGUGCCUAUGAUCCUCUAAUGCACGGAUCGGUUUGAACAGAUGUUCGGUCCAAGUCUAUCUCGCUUCCCUCGUUAGAAGUUGAUUUUUUUUAGUAUAUAAAUUUAGAUCCUUCACUUUAAGAUAAAUUUAUAAAUUUUAUAUUAUAGUAUGAACUA